AUGGACUAUCAAGAAGAGUUAUUAAGCCAAUACGAGCAUACCUUAGGAAUUAUGAAAAAAUCAAUUUUGACUUUGCAAUCAAAAUUAAAUGAAUUAAAACCUGAAAUUUCUGAGGAAAAUAAAAUUGAUGAGGUUAUAGAAAUUUACAGUUAUGAAUUAUCAAAUGACGAAGACAUCGAAGCAUCAUAUGUAGAAAUAAAAAGAUUAAACAAUGAAAUCUUAAUAGAAAAAGAAAUGAAUCGAAAACUGAAUGCAGAAAAGCAGUGGCUUAUUAAGAAAAAUGAAAAUGAUAAUAAUUUAUCAGCAAUUCUUAAUUCCAGCCUAAAAGAUAAAAUCAGUGAGUUUGAGGAUAAAAUCAAUGAGUUAAAGGAUGCUAAAAAGGACCUUCAGAGUAAGAGAAAAGCACUAACUCAUAAGUCUAAAUGCAAAAAAUGAUCAUUAUUUUAAUAAUAUUAUCUAAUUAUUUUAGAAAAAAUUAUUCAUCUUUUUAAGAGAUAUUUCAAAAAUAAAAAAAUAAAGUAAGAAAAAAAGCUGAAUUAAUGGCCCUUGAGCAUGUGUAAUCUUAAUCAUAUUAUACUUAUUAAGUCCUCUAUAAUUUGUGAAGCCUUUUUUGCUAACGCUCCUUUGUUUUCUUGCCAAUUCAUCGAGAAGGUUACUUCUGCUAUUGAAAAUAUUUGAAUUUUCUGGCGAUUCUUGUCAAAAAUGGAAAUGGAAAGGGUAAUUCCUAGUUUCAGGCUGGGAAAUAAUUCUAAUUGGUCAGGAAACUAAUCUCUGGGACUCCUGAGAGGUCCUGUUCCAACUCACCAAGCCAUUUUAAUGUAUAUACUUUUGAGCAUGCCAAAAAAGCCAACCCAAAGAUUUAUAAUCUUAUGAAAAAGAGUUUUAAUUUAGAAGAAAAAAAUGACAACAUAAAAGAAAAGUUAGAUUUAAUAGAAAGGGAACGCAAUGAGUUUCGUGAAGAAUACUCAAAUAUUACUCAAGGACUUACAAUAGACGACCCAACUAAGAAUAUUAACAAAGAAAUAGAAAGUAAUAUUGAAGAAAAAGAAAAUUUAAUCGCAAAACUGCAGCAAGAAUUAAAAGCAAAAAAAGAAGCUCUUACUACUACUCCCUCUGUGAGUGAACAAAACCAUUGGGAAAUUUCCCUAUUAUUUGGGGAAAAGCCAGAGAUCAAAAAUUUUUUAAUAUAACAAAUUUUUUAUUAAAAAAAAGUUUGAUAUAUAAGUGAUAAUUAUUAUAACGAAAUCUCUAGCUAAUUCUGUUUAAUUUUAAACAGCUCUGCAUUUUAAAUCAUAAAUUUUACAAAUUAAAUUAAUUUUUAUAUAAAGUAUUAAAAAAAAUUAACUCCUCUUUGUAAGCGAACAAAAUUUUUUUGUUUACUCACAGACUGAAGGAGCUAGCAAAUCCGAAAAAUUUAGUACAGAAGAAACUAAACAAUGCAAUAAAUUAAAAGAUGAACUAAGCGAAUUAACUAAAAAAAGAGAAAAUUUGCAAGCUUUGAUUGAAAAUGUCGAAAAAUUAAUUAAAGAAGAGCAGAAAAGUCUAGAAAAUCGACCUAAAAUUAUUAAAGAAGAAGAUAUUCCAAAUAUAAAAAAUAAACAAAAAGAGAUUGAAAAACAAAUUAAAUCGGCCGAUGAAGAAAUAAAAGAAAAAGACAAAGAAAUUUCGAAAUUAAAAGUAGGGAAAUAUGAAACAUCAAAAAAGGUGAAAUUCGCUGAAAAAGUAUUUAAGUUUAUGAAGCAAAAUCAACCAAAAGCCCACAAAAAAUCAGGGUCUGUCGAUAUGGCUGCAAAAGUAAUAUCUGCGCUAGCACCUAAACCUCAGCAAAGAAAUUUUUCACAAAAACCAAAGUUAAGCAGUUUAAAUAUAAUUAGUCCAAAAUUAAUAAAAGCUCAAAUAUCGACAGAAAAAAUGUUGACAUCAAGAAGUUCAAGAAGCUCCGAAGACUCUACAAACAACCCUUUUCGAUCAUUGUCUACUUUUUCUUACAAAUAAAAUGGCAAUGCCACCGAUCCAUCCUCUCCCAGACCUGCUUCGAGUUUGGGGACUUUGCUGUGGCCUGAGGCUAAACCGAGUUGGAAAAGGAGUGUACGGGUACUAGGCAUUAGUGUUCCGGUUGGUUUUUGUCUCUCUCGUCCGGCAAUGAAGACUUUGUGUCUUCAUGAUGGACAUUUGGAAAAAAAAGGCUUUUUGCCCUAGAGGCCACUAGUACUGACAGCGAAGGCAUAGUUUGUACCGAUACUAGCUAGGCAGUUUAUCCCUAGCUAGAACUCUAGCCACUCAAGCAGCAGCCAUCAAGUCCCAAAUCUGUAUACUCCAAGGUUCCGAGACAGCAUUAAGAGCCAGGCCGAAAGCUGGAGGAGAGCUAUUCUGGUGGAAAUGCUGGCAUACCCAGAGAGGUUCUCUAACAGCUGAACGAGUCGUAUACGAAGACUCGUCUCGGUCAGACAUAGAAGGAGGUUAGAGCCCAAUCUAUAAUUAAUGCUAAUGUCUACUUUUUCCCAGAUCUAA